CAAACUACCUAUUGAGACCCAUCUCUAAUUUUAGACCACAUUUAAUACAGACAUAUAACUAUGACUUUCCAGUAAGCUAAAAAGCUCUGUUUAUAAUAUGUUUCUUGUUGUGGUCGGUCGUUCAUUUGAUGUACUAUGGUUGAAGAAUUCAAGAUCCAUUGCAUCUUGGCUAUACUCCUCGAUGGACUCUUUUAGUGCUUUCAAAGAUUCACACGAUGACGACCAAACUUGAAAGGAUUUUGAUCGCUACGGUUGUUGUCCUUGUUAUAUUGGUACCCUUGAUAAUUGUCUACAUCAUAGAAAUUGGAGAUGGAAGAAAAUGCCUGACAGCACCUUGCAUGAAAAUUGCUGUUAAUAUCCUCGAUAAUUUGGACCAAUCUGUAGAUCCUUGCGAUGAUUUUUACAUGUUCGCCUGUGGAAAUUACUUAAAGAACAACUUUAUUCCAGAUGACAAAACUGAAAUAAGUUCUUUUACAGUAAUAGAGGAUUCCCUGGCGCACAAAAUGAGAAUAUUACUAGAAGAACCUAUUGACGAAAAAACAGAUAUCAAACCGUUCAAAUUCGUAAAAGCUCAAUACCAAACGUGUCUGAAUUCAAGCCAAGACAAUACAGAUACCCUCAAAUAUAUCUUGAGACAAUUGGGAGGUUGGCCAGUUUUAGAGGGAGAGAAUUGGAGUGAUCGAAAUUUUGACUGGAGAAAACUUGUUCACAAUCUCCGUGAGGCUGGAUUACAUUCCGAAAUAUUUUUGGUUAUAAGUGCCGAAACAAUGAUGAACAAUUCUCAUCAGAGGAUAUUGGAGGUGGAUGAACCAACAGUUAUUUGCAAGGAUUAUGUGAAAAAUGGAUGGGAUGAUAAAAUAACAAAAGCCUUGUACGAACUUAUGGUAGACAUGGUAGUUAUUUUGGGAACUGAUCGAGAUAAAGCAGAAGCUGAGAUGAGAAAAGUCAUGAAUUUCCAUGUGGAUCUUGCUCAGAUAGCUCUUUCUCCAGAAGAAAAACGCGCCUCAUCAUCUCUCAUGAAUAUGAUGACUGUGAGUGACUUGGAGCUGGUAUUCCCAAUUGUAAAAUGGCAAUCCUAUUUAAACAAUCAAUUACUGGGAACAACAAUGGUCAAUAGGAGCACCACAGUGAAUGUUCUUCAUCCGAAGCAUUUGAAGAAAUUGAACGCAUUGAUAAUUCAUAACGAAAAAAGAACGAUAGCCAAUUACAUCAUGUGGGUUGUGGUCUUCACUGAAAUCCAAUAUACCAACCAACAGCUCAGAGACAGGUUGAACGAGUUCAGAAAAAUUGCAGAAGGAAAUACCCAAAAUAUUCCUACGUGGAAGAAUUGUGUGGAUGAUGUAACAUAUGGCCUUCCUCUGGUCGCUGGAUCUCUGUAUGUCCGUCGUUUCUUCAAGAAAGAGGCAAAAGACAACAUGCUAGAUUUGGUAGACUUAAUUCUAAACCAAUUCAAAAAAGAACUGAGGAGCGUUCAAUGGAUGGAAGACGAAUCCAGAAGAAGAGCAUUGCUGAAGGCAGACUCGAUUACAUCAUUCAUAGGUUACCCAGACGAGAUUUUGGACGAUAAAAAAAUGAUUGAUUAUUACGCUGAACUGGGUGAUCCACCAGAGAAUUACUUACUGCUAGAUCUUCGAAUGAGGAAUUUCACAUUGAAAGCACACUACAGAUUUUUAUCAGAAACAGUCGACAAGAAAGAUUGGAGGAAACAACAUUCUCCAAUCGAUGUUAAUGCAUUUUAUGAGGCUAGUUCAAACAGCAUACAUUUCCCAGCCGGAAUACUUCAAGAGAACUUCUUCAAUCACGAAGGACCAAACUACAUCAAUUUUGGAAGAAUUGGGUUUUUGAUUGGACAUGAAAUCACCCAUGGGUUCGAUGAUGAAGGGAGACUUUUCGAUGAAAACGGUAAUAUGGUAGAUUGGUGGGGAGAAAAGACGAAAGAAGCCUUCAUGGAGAACGCCCUCUGUAUUAUUGAACAAUAUAACAACAACACUGUCGAAGAGGUCAACAUUAAGUUAAACGGGGAAAACAGUCAAGGAGAAAAUAUAGCAGAUAACGGUGGAAUAAAACAAGCCUAUUUGGCCUAUGUGGAUUGGCUUUCGGAAAAUGGUCCAGACAAAUCUUUGCCAGGUCUUUCAUCUUAUUCAGAUCAGCAGAUGUUCUGGAUUGCUUCAGCUAGUGCGUGGUGUUCAAAAACAAGGCCGGAAAGACUGAAAACUAUGCUGAUCUCUGAUGAGCACGUUCCGAUGUAUUAUAGAAUAAAUAUACCCCUAUCAAAUUCAGAAUAUUUCGCAGAAGAUUUCAAAUGUUCACCAGAAACUAAAAUGAAUCCCAUGAUUAAAUGUAAAGUAUGGUAGUUGUAUGUCUUCUUAGAAAUCAAUUAAAAAAUAUUGCAAAUUUUA